UUAUGUAAAGAUCCUAUUUACCGUACACCAAAAGAACGCCAUUGAUGUUGUUCUCCGUUCCUCUCAUCACCUGGACCUGAAUACAAUGGACUGCAAUUACAAUGGAUGGACGGGAAUACAACCAAACCCAAGUUUAUACCCUAACCCUCCAUCACUGACGGACCCUUAUGCUUCCAUUCUCCAAUCUACCUCCUUACCUGCCCAUCAAUCUGUGCCUCUAAACCCUAACCCUAGCUCAUAUACACUUAGUUCAGGACAUGAAUCCCAGCAACAGGGUUUGGUCUUUGUUUAUGGCCACGCCAAUGGUGCUAACUCUGUGGAAGCAACGGCGGUAUAUUAUCAAAAUUUGGUAGCAAAUGAACAAUUCAGGCUUAGUGAGGUGGCUGCAUUGUCUAUAAAUGGUGGAAAGAAAUCGACUCCUGCAAAUGUAAAUUCCAACAUUUUUAUCCAGCCUCAGAGUUGUGGGUCUUGGAAAAGUGGCCACAAGAAAAAUAAGAUACAGUCUGUAUGGUGUGAGGCUUGCAAACUUGAAUUUAACAGCAAAACUGUUCUUGACCAACAUAAAUUAGGGAAAAAACACAAAAGAAGUUUGGACAAAUUAAGAGGAGGCAGUGUUGUUGCAACUCCCGCUUCUGCCCCUUUUGUUGCUUCUGAGGUGUCAGUUAACCCAUUUGUUGGACUGCAAGAGACUCCUGGCAAGGUGAAAUCAGUGAAUGGACAAGAUGCAGGGAAGAAGACAGUUGAACUGGUGGAGAAUUUGGAGACCAAAAGACAAAAAGUUUUGGAAGGAGGAGCAGCCACAAACGAGGUGCGCACUUGUCUCGCUUGCAAUGUGGUUUGCAACAGUGAGACCGUUUUCAGAAUUCAUCUUGCUGGUAAAAAGCACAUUGCUAACAUGUCAAAGCAAGAGAAGUUUACCCCUGCUGCUGCCUCUCUUGUUCCUUCUGAGGUGUCAGUUAACACAUUUAUUGGACCACAAGAGAAGCCUGACAAGGUGAAUUUAGGAAAUGGGCAAGAUGCAGCGAAGAAGGCAGCUGAGAUGGUGGAGAAUUUGGAGACCAAGAGACAAAAAGUUUUGGAAGAAGGAGCAGCCACGAAUGAGGUCCGUGUGUGUCUUGUGUGUAACGUGGUUUGCAACAGUGAGACUGUUUUCAAAGUUCAUCUCGCUGGUAAAAAGCAUAUAGCUAACAUGAAAAAGCAAGCAUCUGGAGCUGGAGUAGUUCCCGUAAAUUAGAAUGGGAAUUUUGAAGGAAAUUUAGAGGAGAUGGCGUUCAUUCAUUUUUCUUUGUUCAGGUUUCUUAUGGAUAUAAUAACUAGUUUACUGUAAAUGACAUCAUAUGCAAUAUGUUUGAUAAUAAUUCCUUACCUUUAAGCCAAUGGAUUUCCUGAAGAUCGUAUCAGGUUUACCAAAAAUUCAAAAUUAAGUGGACACUAAUUUGGAAAUUGGAGCUGAUUAAGCCAGAACAGGAAGACCAAGUUUUUUCCAGCUAUCAGUUCAUAGAGAAGUGGUUUUUUGUGUGGAUAAACAAGACGGUUGAUGUAAUUAAGUGUUCCAAACCUCCAAAGCCUUCCUAGCAGACCACACAGCAGUCAGCAACUGCAUCAGGUACAAUUGCUUAGCAGGGCACUGAGAACUACAAACAUUGUAGUGUCUAGCUUUUGUUGUAAACCAGAAAACAUAGUUUAAAACGGUUUUUUUAUCUUAUGGAGAGUGUACGCA